CCUCAUGCCCUAGUGAAUGGGAGGCACCCACACCGCCUCCCAUUGGCUCCUUGCCCGCCCUGCGCCCGCCCCUGGCCCGCGCUGAUUGGUGCCCGCGGGGCCCGAGGCGCUGCGAUUGGCCGGCGGCCAGUCUGGCGAGGGGUGAGGCGGACGCGCGGCGGGGGCGACGAGGCAGAAGCGGCGGGGCCGGGAGCGCGCAGGGGGCGCAGCGAUGAGCGAGGUGCGGGGGGCGGCGCGAUGAGCGAGGCCGCGUUCCAGAAGGCUGCCGAGGAGGUGAAGCAGCUGAAGUCGCAGCCCACGGACCAGGAGAUGCUGGCGGUCUACAGCCACUACAAGCAGGCCACGGUGGGCGACGUGAACACGGAGCGCCCUGGUAUGCUGGACUUCAAAGGCAAAGCAAAGUGGGAUGCCUGGAGUGCAUUGAAAGGAAUGUCCAAAGAAGAUGCAAUGAAAGCUUACAUAGCAAAAGUGGAAGAACUAAAGGGCAAAUACGGCAUCUAAGGACUGGAUAAAUCAGCUACAUGCACGCCUGAAACCUGCCUUAUUUCUAAUGUGGAAAAGUGGUUUCUAAGAGUAACCUUAGAUACCUAGUAUGUCAUAGUCGGUUCUCCUCAUGCCUGUAGCUCAGGAGAAAUAAUGUACCUGGCUAAUGUACUGACACGGUAUAAAUUCCUUCUGGGAACAAAAUCUGGAACUCAUUAAAGUGCGUUUGGUACUUUA